AUGGGCGCUCAGGGCCCCGGCUGCGCUCCGCCUAUGCCCGAGGGAGGCUCAGAGGACCGAGGGCCGCGGUCCGCGGCGGGCCCGAAUCAGACACCUCCGGGGCCACGUGGCCCUGAGCCACGAACGGGACCCAGGCAUGCACGCCCGACCGGCCCGCUCGGGGUCCCGGAAACACUCCGGGCCCCCGGGCCGGGCCAGGUUUGCUGGCCAGGGUUGCCGGUGUGUGGGGACUGGGAGGCUUCGGCCGGGCUGCCGGCCCUGGCCGGCGCGCCCCGUGGAAAGGUGCGGCCGGCUGUCGACACGGCACAUCAGAGCGAAAAGCAGGCGCAGCGCAGGGUUUUUAAAGGCGCCUGGCGGCAACCGCCUCCAUCUAAGAUCAUACCACCCUGA